AGAGAGAGAGAGAGAGAGAGAGAGAGAGAGAGACAGAGAGAGAGAGAGAGAGAGAAAGAGAGAGAGAGAGGUCUCCUCUAGUUCCUCCUCUCGCCUGACACCAGUGGUCUGUUGUUCCUCCUCCGCUGUGGUGAAGAGAAACUCCAGCAGGUUUGUGGCAGCCAUGUUGGUGUGGUGCCUGAGGCUGCUUCUGCUGCUGCCCUUGGUUUGCUGCGUCCCCUCCCCCUCCAGACCCCCAUCCAGAAUCUGCAGGCGGUGCUGCGACCCCCCGGAGCCGUCGGCCGCCACGGCCCAAUACCAGAUGCCAGAGGUCCGCACUGUCAUCAACAUGACCAUCCUCAAAGGUGAUAAAGGAGACAAAGGUGAUAAAGGUACACCUGGAAAACCGGGUCUGGAGGGCCCACAUGGCUACCAAGGAGCCAUGGGCCUGAAAGGCAGCAAAGGCCAGGCGGGUGCCCCCGGAGACGCCUGCAAGAUCCCCCACUCCUCCUUCUCGGUGGGCCGCCGGAAGUCCCUGCACAGCAUCGACUACUACCAGGCCCUGGUGUUCGACACGGUGUUCGUCAACCGCCACGAGCACUUCAACAUGUUCAAGGGCAAGUUCUACUGCUACGUGCCGGGCAUCUACUUCUUCAACGUCAACAUCCACACCUGGAACUUCAAGGAGACCUACCUCCACCUCAUGCACAACGACAAGGAGCAGGUGAUCCUGUACGCCCAGCCCAGCGAGCGGUCCAUCAUGCAGAGUCAGAGCGUGAUGCUGGACCUGGCCCUGAACGACGAGGUGUGGGUGCGACUCUACAAGCGGGAGAGGGAGAACGCCAUUUACAGCGACAACGUGGAUGUUUACAUCACCUUCAACGGAUACCUGGUGGCUCCCGGCAUCCAGUGAGAGGGGAUGACGAGAGUUCUCGCAACACGUCUGCGUCGGAUUAUUCCGAUUUUUUUUUUCUGCCAUGGAUACUGCUUUGUCCCGAGAAAGAGGAACUAAAUAGGCGACAUUACAAAUUUGGUGCUUCCCCCCCCUCCCCCCUUUCAGCCUGGAGAGGAACGUACUGUGCUUUCUUCAAUGUGGACUGUCCAUGAAAUAUAUUAGAAUCAAAUGGAACAAUAAAAAAAAGUGAA